UUCAUGAACUUCCGAUUUUUUUCUUUUUUCUUUGAAGACUUUAACAGUCUCGUACGGAUUACUCUUCCCCUUCAAAAGCCCCAAAGGAGUUCCGCUUUGAAUCCCGCGUUGUAUUGUAACUUUGAGGGUGAGUAUGGAGAUGGAUGUGGAAGAAGUGGAACAUAAAGAAGUGCUAAAAUGUGAAUCUGAGGUUGUAUGCAUGCAAAAUUUGGUAGGUUGUGGAUGCAGUGAGUUGGAAGAGAGAAUUAAGAAAGCUGAAGGGAGGUGCGUUGAGUUGGAAGUGGAUAUUCAGAGGAAGAAGAUGGAGUAUGAAGUGCUCAAGACCAAAUUAAAGGCAUUGGAAGUUGACAAGCUUGCAAUUGAGGAUGGACUGAAGGUAUUGAAGAGGGAGAAUGCUGAACUCAAAAAGCGUGUUAGCAACGUUGAAGGUGAAAGGAAGGUUAGUAGUGGAAGAGAGAGGUAUAUGGAUAGGAUUGUCGAUUUGACAGAGGAGAAUGGGCAGGAAGAUAGGAUCGUUCAGCUUUUGAUUGAGAACAAGGUUUUGCAAUGUGAGAAGAAGAGGGCCGAGAGUGAGGUUGGGGUUUGGAAGGAAAUGUUCAGGGAUUUGGAGUUGCGGGUUUUAGUGUUAAAUGAGAAUUCAACAAAAUCUGGGUGGGGAUUACGAAAUGUUAUUUCUCAUGAAGUGAGUGAGAAGAAAGAAGCAAUUGAAGGGAUUAGAACUAGAGAUGGAUUGCGUGAUGGAACCAGCUUCGGCUAUGUGCAAAAUAAGGCAAAAAUUGAGACUUUGGUGGACGUUGGCUCUGCUAUUUGUCAUCCCCCUGGUAAAGGAAUUGGUGUGCUGCAAGCAGCAGGCACGUCUUUUAAUGUUUUUCCAUGUAUGGAAGAUGCUUGUAUUAAGGAAGAAAAGAAAGGUGUCUGUUUGGCAUAUGGCAGACGAGUUAGAAAACAAUUGUCAUUCGAAGAAGACAGGAGCCCCAGCAAUAAGUUGGCUCCAUCCACACCAGCUGGUGCUAGACCAGCUUCUCUUGGCAUCAUUGAUAUCAGUGAUAGUGACGAUGAGCAAACUACCCAUAUCCUAUUACCUACUUCUAAUGAUGAGGUAAUCAACAAGGUUCACAUUUCAGAUGAUUGCAAAUUAGGAUUAUCUAUGGGAAGUGCAAAAGAAAAAAUUUAUGGGAAUAGUUUGAAACAGAUACAUUAUGAUGAGAAUGAUGAAGAAGAUACGGAUGCUUGCAAAGAGAACCUUUUGUUUACUCCAACUCCCAAAAGAAAACGAGCUUCUAAUAUUGUCACUAGUGACACUGAGAGUGAUGAGGAUGAUAAUGUUCCAAUCUCUAAACUCAAGCGGAUGCGUCUCCGGGAAAAAGUUCCUGAUGAAGUAGGUUCUGAUUUGAAUGACCGCUUAGUGACUGUUACUCCUCUAGGUGACAAUGUCAAGGGUAGUGUUACCCCUCAAAGGCAGCAUCUGAUGAGUUUAAGAAAAUCUGUAGGAAAAGGUGGGGCGGCAAGAAACUCUUCAAGUCAGGCCAGUAAAACUAAAUAUGAUCGAGGAAUCCCUACAUGUGAGGAUGCUGAAGAUGAUGAUUCAGAAGAGUUUGGGUCAGACAGCGAGGGUGAAAGCUUGGGUGGAUUUAUUGUCGGUAGCUCUGAUGUUUCUGAUGCAGAUGAUACUUGUAGUGAGACACAAGAUGUAUCAGAUGAAACUAUGGACUUCGAUGAGAUCUUAUCCAUACUUCAACGGAAGAAAGAUCAGAAAUUAAAAUGGGAGUUUGAGGCGGAUAUGCUUGCAGGCUUUGGAAAGGAUACUGAAUUGUGCAUGAAGGCUGUAUGUGCUCUCUAUCGACAGCAAACUUCUGACGAAAAAUCUAGCAAGGAAGCAUUUUACUCCAAUCACCGAGGUUUUAGCAAGUUUGAUGCUCCAAGGGGCUCUACUUUGGCCGAGUUUCUCACUGGUGGAGACCCAGGAGGUGAUGUUAAGAAAUCUGUCAAGGAGUUGCAAGAGUAUGACCCCAAGGCAGUGCUGCUGUGCAGAAGAUUGGCAACUCACUACUCUAAGCAAUUGUUUGAGAUCUACAAGAACAAAGAGGAUCCUUUCUUUCUCCCUUCUUGACAUGGCCUACAACAAAUUGAACAUAUAGGUGCUACUAGUCAAAAUCCUCCAUAGAAGUGUGUCCUCGCGAAUGGUGUUUUGUUAGUAUAUAUGAUAUAAACAUGUGUUUGCAUGUCUAUCAGAAGAACAGGUCGAGAAUGGUGUUUUGUUGGUUUUCCAUUCUCUGUUAGGCCUUCUGGAUAAGCAUGUUUUAUUUGUAUGCAUAUGAUAGAAGGAUGUGCUUGCAUGUCUAUCAGAAGAACAGGUCAUAUGGAUUUGUCCCUACGAACUGGCUUCAUAGGUUGGUUGUAUAUAUCAAGGUAAUACUAUAAUUUGCUGGUGUCUAUAGAAAAAUUUAGUGAAAGUUUAUAAA